AUGCUGCCAGCAUUGCAGGAGCACGACUUCAAAGGUUCCACCAAGAACCCGAAGCCGAAAACGCCGCUCUUCGAAGAUGCGGACUUUCCAGCGGAAAACAGCAGCAUUGGCGGUGUGACAGGCGAUAGUGCCAACCCUUUGGCCAGCUAUUUGAAGGAGAUGCUAAAGUAUGUGGUGCCCGGUUGGGCUCGACCGCGGCAGGUCAUUGGGAGCCAGGCCUACAAUUACAAACUCUUCGCCUCAGAGGGUGAGCCGUGCCUCUUCAAGCACGUAUCUCCCAGAGACAUCCAACAGGGCUACCUGGGCGAUUGCUGGAUGGUCUCUUCCUUCUCAGCCCUCGCGGAGUAUCCCGACCGGGUGCGGGCGCUCUUCAAGCAGAAGGAGCUUAGCGUUGAUGGACGAUACGAUGUGCGACUCUAUGACCCAAUUGCGGAAGAAUGGAAAGUCAUCACCAUCGACGAUCGCCUGCCAUACUGGAAGAAGCCAGGAAAGCACGGCAACCUUUGCUUCGCUAAGCCUACGAAGGAGAACGAGUUUUGGCCCUGUUUGUUGGAGAAGGCCGUGGCGAAGUUUGUGAAGUCCUACCACCGCAUCGACGGUGGCUGGGAAUCCGUGGCCAUGGAAAUGCUGACGGGGAAACCAUCGCUGUGCAUCAGCGUGAGCCCUGAUGUUGGAGGCACCCAUGCGCCCUAUGCUUUCCGCUGCGGAAAGGACGAGGAAUCUGCCCAGCAUGCCACCGUUGCCAUGCGUAUUGAGAGCUACGAUGCGAAUUGGGGAUAUUUCACUCAGGAUGCCUCUACCUUCAGCGAUGGCGAGGUGGAGCUGACGGACGAAUGGGUCUGGGAGAAGCUGAAAGAGUGGAACCACGCGGGUCAUGCCCUGGCUUGCAACACCCGUCAGAACUACAAGGGCAUUCUGGCGAACCAUGCCUACACCUUGCUGCGUAUGCUGGACGUGCCCUACACUCGUGAUGGCCAGGAUAAGGUGCUGAGGAUGAUCCACGUGCGUAACCCUCACAUGACCAACGAGUGGUUCGGCCGCUUUCACGACGAUGACUGGGAAAGCUGGAACGCUUAUCCCGAAGCGUUGAAAGCCACGGGGCACAAGGUGGGCGUCAAGGACAACGGCGUUUUUUGGAUGGACUGGGAUGAGUACAAGCAGGGCUUCAGCGACAUCGCGGUGAAUUUCAGCGCGGAGCUGGGUGGCAAGAGGUAUACCGAUACCUCGUCGGAGGCGCACAGGGUCCAUGAGGCGGUGGACUUUGGCAGCCUGGCAGGGGUAAAAAAUGGGCCUUGGAAUUGGCUGAAGAUUGGGUUAGGAUAUUGGUAA